AUGGAGCAACAACGAUCAUUGGUUUGGAACAGCACAAACAACAAUUCUUCGCCCAGCGACCAAAUGGACAUGUUUCAAUCCGAAUUGAGCGCCUCUAUGAUAGCAAUUUAUGUUACCCUCAGUACACUGGGCCUCUUUAUAAUCAUUAUUAACGCCUUGGUCAUUUAUCUCGUCAUCACCCGGGACUACCUGAAGACUGUAACUAAUUUGUGUUUGGCAAGUCUGGCCGUGUCUGAUAUGUUCUCUGGAUUGUACGCCAUCCCACUCAUCAUAGCCUGUAGCACUCAUAUGAGCGUAAAUAUCUGCAUUGCCAUGGACUUGGGUCAGAGAUUUCUAUCGGUAUCGACUGUGUUGCAUCUGUUGCUGGUAACUAUGGAAAGAUAUUCCACGAUCGUGCUUUCGGUGAUGCGUACCACCUCUGUGAUGAACAAGAAAACCUGCUUGGCAAUUUUACUCGCGUUGUGGAUGUUAUCGCUUUUUGUCUCUCUUAUUCAGCUAUCAAUUCUGGACCCAGACGCCCCGAAACCAAGUAGAGACGAACUCAUCUACGACUUUAUUUGUCUUGGGUUGUUAGCAGUACUUCCACUCGUUGUAAUGGCGGUGGCGUAUCUUCAUAUUUUCUACACGCUUCGAAAACACGUCCAGGCAAUAAAGCGGGACGUGUCGCAUCUUUCUUCAAAGUGCAUGGCGCGCAACGCAAGGAAGGAAAGAAAAGCGCUUCUUAUUUAUGGCGCCAUGAUUUGCGUCUUUGUUCUGUCAUGGUUUAACUAUUUCUUCGCCUCGCUACAAGAAGAUCUAGGAAACCGAACGGGGAUUCCUUUCUGGGCUGACGUGAUUUUGUUAUUUUUGAGGUUCAGUACUAAUCUUCUUAACCCGCUAUUGUACACUUUUCUCAAACGGGACUUUAGACGAGCAACAAAAUCAAUCCAGUUCUUUGGUUUGAGAAAAAAGUACAAUCGCAGGACAACGUCGUUUUCGAGUUCAUUUUCGACCAGACGGACUAACCUGUCCUCCGUUUCCUCCGGCGAAUCACAAGUGUAA